CAGCAACCCGCGCGGUGGGAUGUUCUUUGAUGGACAAAGUUGUGUUUAUUAAAACUGAAACGUUCAUAAUCUGAAACAGAGCCAGUGGAAGGUCUGCAGUGAAAAACGAAGAAUAAGUAAGCAUAUGAUAUAGGACAAAGGAUGAGGGGUGAACCUGGGCCAGUUCAGAUCGUCACAGUCAACAAGGAGGAUCACUCCUUUGACCUGGAUACAGAAGCGCUGAGUCGUAUUCUGUUGGCGCCUGAGGUUCGAGAUAAGGAUGUGGUGGUGGUGUCUGUCGCCGGUGCCUUCCGAAAGGGGAAAAGUUUCUUUUUGGAUUUCAUGCUCCGUUACAUGUAUAGGAAGCCUGGUCAGGACUGGCUUGGGCAGGAGAAUGAGCCCCUGACAGGUUUCUCCUGGAGAGGAGGCUCAGAACCAGAGACCACCGGCAUCCAGCUAUGGAGUGAAGUUUUCGUUGUGCAAAAGAAGGAUGGAAGUGAGGUUGCUGUGCUUUUAAUGGACACACAAGGAGCGUUUGAUUCCCAGUCCACAGUGAAAGAUUGUGCCACUAUCUUUGCCCUCAGCACUAUGACCAGUUCUAUCCAGAUUUAUAACCUGUCACAGAAUAUUCAGGAGGAUGAUCUACAGCAACUUCAGCUGUUUACAGAGUACGGCCGACUGGCAAUGGAUGAAAUCUUUCUAAAGCCUUUUCAGUCACUUAUGUUCCUGGUCAGAGACUGGAGUUUCCCGUAUGAGUACAAAUACGGGUUUAAGGGAGGAAGUGAUUUCUUGGACAAACGUCUGCAAGUGAACCAGACUCAGCAUGAGGAGCUUCAGACAGUGAGAGAGCACAUUCACUCCUGUUUCACCUCCAUUUCCUGUUUUCUCUUACCACACCCUGGCCUAAAGGUGGCAACAAGCCCUGCUUUCACGGGACAGCUGUGUGAUGUGGAUCUAGAGUUCAAGAACCAGUUGCGUGAGCUCAUUCCUAACCUGCUGAAGACUGACGGGCUGGCUGUGAAAGAGAUUAAUGGGAAUAAGGUGACCUGCAGGGGCCUGCUGGAGUACUUCAAGGCGUAUAUCAAGAUAUAUCAGGGAGAAGACCUUCCACACCCUAAGUCCAUGCUAGAGGCUACAGCAGAGGCCAAUAACCUUGCGGCUGUGGCGUCAGCUAAAGACCAGUACUACAAGAAUAUGGAAAAGGUGUGUGGUGGAGAUCUGCCUUAUGUGUCUCCUGACUCACUGGAGGAGAAGCACUGCUUCUUCCUGCAGGAGGCCCUUCAUCUGUUCGCCAGCACUAAGAAGAUGGGUGGGCGGGAUUUCUGUCACCGUUACCAGGAACAGUUGGAAGCAGAACUAAAUGAUCUGUGGCAGUCCUUUAGCAAGCACAACGAGUCCAAGAAUCUUUUUAGCGCUUUCCGGACACCUGCAGUGCUGUUUGUGCUGGUCUGCCUCCUGUAUGUGCUGUCGGGAGUUUUGUACUUCAUUGGCCUGGAAACUGUUUCCUUUGCAUGUGACUGUGUAGUUGGCCUGGCCAUGAUUGCUAUGUUGACCUGGGCCUUCAUCCGGUACUCCGGCCAGUACAGACAAGUAGGCACAGCCAUAGACCAGGCUGCUGGAGUAAUACUAGAGCAGGCCACAGAUGUGUUAAACAAGACAAGAAACCAGUCUCAGGUGGCUGCACAACAGAAGAAGACAAGAUAGCUUCUCCGUCAUACCGAAGAUGCCAGAACGAGAUGUAAACUGCACAGAUGCGACCAAUAAUGUUACCAAAUAAUGCACACCUCCAAACAUAGCACUUAAAUUUCUACUUCUAAUGCAGGUUGACUGAUUUUGUCAGAAUAUCUUAACGCAGAUUUUUAAAUAUCAACACAAAUAUGAAUACAAGACCAAAUAUCACAAAACCAGCAGCUGGUUUUUCAGGGACCGGUAUAGAUUUAGCACAAGGGCUAAACUCUUCUGUAUUGAUACGUUUACAGUUAUUCAUUCCAGUACAGCCAAAGACAUCCUCCAUAACAGGUCAGGGUUGUAUAAUGUUUAGAUUGCACUUGUAUUGCACUCUGUAGACAUGUUAUCUGUUCUCUUAGCCAAGAACACCUUUGCACAUAGACUGCCAUUACUUCAUUAAGGCUUGAGCUUGAUAAGAUGUUUAGUAUUAAUAUAUCAUGUGACCUGUGCAAGAGCUUUGUUCUAUGAUCUUUGUACCAAAUUGUGGCCUUCUAUGCAUUCCAUCUUGUAUGCAUCCAUGUAUGGUUUAUAUGGGACGUUCUGUUGUUUGUAUUGGGUUUCGUAAUCGGGGAAACAAACAUAUAUUAUUCCAUCCCAAUGUUCUUGAGUGCUGGACUGGUUCUGUUCACUUCUUCUUAACUGCUGGCAUGUUAUUGGGUGUUCAAAACCAUCCUGACACUGUCAUUAAGUUGGACUGAAAGUUUUGAUAGAAAAGCUAAUAUCAACAGUGUCUUGAGGAAAGCUCGGCCAUUGUGCACUCUUCUGUUUUCAGGUUCAUAUUUGCAUAUCAUAUUAGUAAACGCUUGAUUUGAUUCUGUUAUUAGAGUGGUUUGAACACUGCUGCAUCUUACGCCUUUCCGUUUUAAUUUGUCACGACAUUUCUCUUAUUUCAUGUAUGAUGUGGUGGUGAAAUAGCACAUUUGGAGAAUUGUGUUUUACAUACACUACCAGUCAAAAGUUUUUAAAGAAGGCUCUUCUGCUCACCAGGCCUGCAUUUAUUUGAUCCAAAAUACAGCAAAAGCAGUGAUAUUGUGAAAUACUUUUACUAUCUAAAAUAACUGCUUGAAUCUAUUUUAAAAUGUAAUUUAUUCCUGUCAAAGCUACAUUUUUAGCAUCAUUACUCCAGUCUUCAAUGUCACAGGAUCCUUCAGAAAUCAUUCUAAUAUGCUGAUUUGCUGUUAAAUAAAUAUUUGUUGUUAUUAUUAUUAUCAAUAUUUAAAACAGUUAAGUACAUUUUUCAGGAUUAUUUGGUGAAUAAAUCCAAAAAUCAGCAUUUAAUGAAAUAAAAAGCUUCUUUUGUAACAUUAUACACUACACCAUUCAAAACCUUGGAGUCAAUAUAAAUAUAUAUAUAUAUACAUAUAUAUAUAUAUAUAUAUAUAUAUAUUAUAUAGAAAUUAAUACUUUUAUUUAGGAAGUAUGUUUAAAGUUGAUCAAAGGUGAUGAUAAAGACAUUUAUAAUGUUACAAAAGAUUUCAGAUAAAUGCUGUUCUUCUGAACUUAUUCAUCAAAGAAACCUGAAAAAAUUAUACUCUGCUGUUUUCAACAAAUGUUUUCCGAGCAGCAAAUCAAAAUAUUGGAAUGAUUUCUGAAGGAUCAUGUGGACUGGAGUAGUGAUGCUAAAAAUUCAGCUUUGAAAUCACAGGAAUAAAAUACAUUUUAAAAUGCAUUCAAAUAGAAAGCAGUUAUUUUAAAUAGUAAAAAAACUUCAAAAUGUUACUGUUUAUGCUGUAUUUUAGAUCAAAUAAAUGCAGGCUUGAUUUUCUUUAAAAAUCUUACUGCUCAAAAACUUUUGACCGGUAGUGUAUGUGAGUAGCUGAAGGUUUUUUCAGGUUUUCAAAGACAAUGAAAAUAAGCAUAUGUCCCCGAAGGCAUGUCUGUAAUGUGUAUCCGUGGCGUUUUUCUUUGUUGCAUUCCACCAGAGCCUCACUUGAGGCUUUCAAUGUGUAUCUUCACUUUGUUCAAUAGAGUGGACCUGCCUAAACUGACCCAACAGGGAUUAUUCUUUGUCCCUGUAUAUCACUUUUACUGUUACAUACACUUUAUACAGUAUAUCCCAAAAAUAAAACUAUAAGCAUGCCAUACA